AUGCCUGAGUUUAUAUCAGUGGAUGAGUUUAUAGCGGAGACCUUGGAGGAUUAUAGCUCUCCGACAACAUCAUCAUUUACCACAAAAAUGACAAGUUGCCGGAAUUCCGUGAACAACAUUGAAGAGGCUUUGGACUGUGAUCGGACUGUCUUGCAGAAGAUGAAGAAAGCUUCCAAAGCAAAGCAUGUCUCGGGUCAAGACCACAUAUCACAUCUGGAGUUGUACAUCAACUCAAUGGAGAAGCUGGCCGUAAAUUUCCGCAACAAUGGAGAGCAGGAAGUGGCCUCUGCCUUUAAUAAGUUUGCUGAAUUCUCCAAAGAGCUGCUGACGCCAAUGAAGAACUUGCUGAAGAGCAUGCUUCACAAUAUCAACUUCUUCCUGGAUUCGCUUGUGAAAGGGGAUCUGAAAGAGGUCAAAGGUGACUUGAAGAAGCCAUUUGACAAAGCUUGGAGGGAUUAUGAGAAUAAAUUCACCAAGAUAGAGAAAGAGAAGCGAGAGCUUGCUAAGCAGUAUGGCAUGGUGCGAACAGAAGUGAGUGGAGGAGAGAUAGCUGAAGAACUAGAGAAAGAACGGAGGAUGUUCCAGCUCCAAAUGUGUGAGUACCUCAUCAAAGUGAAUGAAAUCAAGACCAAGAAAGGAGUAGACCUACUGCAAAAUCUCAUCAAACACUACCACUCACAGUGCAAUUUCUUUCAGGAGUGCCUGGCAGCCACCGAGAAGCUGAGACAGUACAUUGACGCGCUUACAGGGGAGCUCAGCACUAUCAAACACAGGCAGGAUGAGGAGAAGAAGCAGCUCUGCUAUCUCCGGGAUCAGCUGCGUCCGGCUCUCCAGCCUGAACUCAAAGAGGACUCUUUAAGCAAACAGACUGUGUACAGCAUGCAUCAGCUUCAAGGCAAUAAACAGUAUGGCACAGAAAGAUCAGGCUACCUCUACAAGAGAAGCGAUGGACUAAGAAAAAUGUGGCAGAAAAGGAAAUGCACUGUCCAGAACUGUUUUCUCACCAUUUCUCAUGGAACUCCAAAUAAACCACCAGCCAAGCUGAAUCUCCUCACCUGCCAGGUCAAACCGAGCGUCGAGGACAAGAAGUGUUUUGACCUCAUUUCACAUAAUCGGACGUAUCACUUUUUGGCUGAUGAUGAGUCAGAGUGUGUGGCGUGGAUCUCUGUGUUGACUAACAGUAAGCAAGAGGCUCUGGAUAUGGCUCUGGAUGAGCAUAGACCCAGUGGAGAGAACAGCAUAGAGGAUCUGACCAAAGCUAUAGCUGAGGACAUCCGCCGUAUGCCAGGAAACAGCGUCUGCUGUGACUGUGGCGCCCCAGACCCCACAUGGCUCUCUACCAACCUGGGCAUCCUGACUUGUAUAGAAUGUUCCGGCAUCCACCGUGAAAUGGGUGUGCAUUACUCGCGCAUUCAGUCUCUCUCCCUGGACAAACUAGGCACCUCAGAGCUGCUGCUGGCGAGAAACGUCGGGAACGCGGGCUUUAAUGAAAUCGUGGAGGCCAGUCUCCCUAGCCCCUCGCUCAAGCCAUCUGCAGAAAGUGACAUGGCAGUGCGGAAGGACUUCAUCUUAUCUAAGUACAUGGAGUGUCAGUUUGCUAAGCGUACUGGUGCGUCCCCCAACACGCUGAGGCGGUGCCUGCUGGAGGCUGUACACAAUAAAGACAUCUUUGGCCUACUACAGCUUUACGCCGAGAAAAUGGAUCUCAGUUUACCACUGCCCAACCACGUGCAGGAAAGAGGGGAGACUGCUCUACAUCUGGCCGUCCUAUUGGCUGACCGGACCUCGUUACACAUGGUGGACUUUCUGGUUCACAAUUGUAACAAUCUGGAUGCCCUGACAGUGAAGGGGAACAGUGCUCUGCACUACUGCUGUCAGCACAGUAAAAGCGAGUGCCUUAAACUGCUGCUCAGAGCCAAGGCCAACAUGCACAUCAAGAAUGAAAAUGGAGAAACUGCACUGGACAUUGCUGGCUAUAUGAAUCACACACAUUGUGAAGAACUGAUCCGCCAGGCCCAGAGUAACCAGUUCAACAUGCACAUGCAUGUGGAAUAUGACUGGAGACUGCAUCAGGACGACCUUUACGAGAGUGACGACGACUUGGACGACAAGGUGAGCUGCUGUCCUAUGGGUCGGUUCAGUCGCCCCUUCAGUCUGUGCCAGAGUCACAGCAGCUCAGUCUCUCAGGACCAGGGAGGAGGGGUUCUUAGUAUGGCCCGCAGACUGACCAUGGCACGGGACCGUCGGAGGGACACCUACGCCAGCCCCAGUUCUCAGACCCGUAGCCUGGACAGUCCCCCUCCACCACCUCCGUCCUCUCCUGCACCUCCACUACCUCCCAGAGUUAGAGCCCCAACCAUUCCGCCACCUCCUCCCCCCGUGAACCCCUCUGAGAGCUGGGGUGAUGUCUUCAGCAGUAAAAAGAGGAACCCCCCACCUCCUCUCAUCAUCCGACACAAGCGCACCUCCUCAGAGCCCUCUCCCCAGGUGCCCCACAGUCCCCACUCCUCACGCCAGAGCCAAGCAGAUUAUGGAGUCCCUACAAGUUCAAGGGGCUUCAGUGGUCCAGAUUCGUCUUUUCAGAAGUGUGUCUCAGGCUCACCCAAGUAUACAACUGCACUCAACUCCCUUUCUGAGCUCCCUGAGAGAGGCUUUCGAACUGAUGGGGAGGGAAAUUCAUCCCAUUUCUUAUACCAGACGCCUCAGCCCGGCCCGCGGCAUGCCCCAGCGCUCUCUCCCACCAGCCCCCGCUCCCUGAGCCUCGACUCCAAUGGAAGCUCUGUGUCGUCCUGUCACAUUCCUCCCCACCCACUACCUCGGAAGACUGUGAUCAAUCCAAGGGUGCGGCGGGUUAAAGCCAUUUAUGACUGUGUGGCUGAUCACCAUGAUGAGCUGACCUUCAAUGAGGGCGACAUACUGGUUGUUUUGAGAGAGGAUGAUGCUGAUUGGUGGCAUGGCUACAUUGAGGGACAGCCACACAAGAAGGGCUUAUUUCCUGCCUCAUUUGUCUCUGAGUCGUGUGAAUGA